GGAUAACAGAGAGUUGCCACAUGAUAAUGCCACAGCUGGUUAACCUGAAAUUUAUUAUUUGCGAGGCUUUUUUGUUAAUAAAACCCAAGAUAAACGGACUGCUCAAGAUGACCAACAAUGAUGCAGCAGUGGAGGCGCCCAGUUCCAGUCGUGCCAGCUCCAGUAAACAGCAACCGAAACUGGAAAUCACCGAGAGAGUACGCGUCCUUUGCCUGCACGGAUACCGCCAAGACGGCGAUGCUUUCAAAAGCAAACUAGGAUCAUUCCGAAAAUUUGCAUCAAAAUAUGCCGAAUUUGUAUUCAUCUCUGCGCCACACAUUGCAGCACCGCUAGAGUCUGCUGCCGAGCCGCUUCCGGUUCCCGAGCAACGCAGUUGGUGGGCCAACAAAGAUGAUGGCACGUUCAAGGGCACGAACAAAGGAGGACCGGCUUUUGGCUUCCAGGAGAGUCUGCGCCUUGUGGAAGAGGCCUGGAAGACGCAAGGGCCAUUCCAAGGACUCCUUGGAUUUUCCCAGGGUGCCUGCUUCGUGGGUUUGAUAUGCGGUCUGGCCAAAAAAAAGUUGACCUCCAUCCGGCCUGAGUUUGCGGUGCUUUCCUCGGGCUUUGUGUCCGGCAGCCUGGUACAUAUGAGCGCCUACGAGGAGCCCAUCAGCAUCCCCACCCUCCAUAUCUAUGGCCUAACCGAUGAAAUCAUACCCAAAGACAUGAGCGCUGCGCUGGCCUCACACUUCAAGAACGUCGAGGUCUUGGAGCACAGCGGCGGCCACUACUUUCCGGCCACGGCGCAGCAGAAGCAAACGUACAUCAACUUCUUUCAAGACCGACUGCAGGAGUACUUGGAGAAUUUGGAGCUGCAGCAGAGCAGCAGUGUCUCGUUCAUCGAGAGCGGGGCAGAGGACGACGACGGCGAUGCCAAUGAUGCUGAGGUGGCUGCUGCAACGGCGGCCGCUGGCUCGGAUUUGGGCGAUAGUGAUUAGCUGAUUUGUUUCUUUCUUCGUUUUUUUUUAAUAAUAAUUAAAUCUUAUUAUUACAAAAAUAAUAAUUUGA